AAAAAGAAGAAAAAAAUAAGAAAAGAAAAGAAAAGAAAAAAAAGAUAUUCGCAACGCCGCAUUACAGGCUACCAGUGGAACGGCAACGCCCGAUGCUGCGAAGGUGUCCAUAGUUUAACGCAAGGUCUCGUUACUCCAAGUCCGGCGGCAACACAACAACAGAGAGCAGCAAGAAAAUUCAAAGCUCACUCCAAGAUCCAAUCCCUGUGUUUUUCUCCACCAAUUCGCCAUGGAGAAGAAGCAGCUGAAAGAAAUGUCCGUUCAAGAGUAUCUUGACAAGUUCAUGCUCUCCCGGAAGAUCGAGGAAGCGGUCAAUGCUGCUGUUAGGGCGAAAACUCCCGAUCCCGUUCUCUUCAUCUCGAAUCAUAUGAAGAAAGCAAUUCCUUCAGUGAUUACAAAAAUUAAAGCCCGGCAGAUCCUCGAUAGCAGAGGAAUUCCGACUGUUGAAGUUGAUUUAUACACCAAUAAAGGAGUGUUCCACGCUUCCGUGCCCAGUGGCGAUCCGGCUGGCAUGUACGAGGCUGUAGAGCUACGCGAUGGAGACAAGGGGACAUAUCUUGGAAAUAGUGUUACUAAAGCAGUCAAAAAUAUCAACGAGAAGAUAUCGGAAGCAUUGAUUGGUAGGGACCCUACGCAACAAUAUGAAAUUGACCAGGCCAUGAAAGAUUUGGAUACGACAGAAAAGAAGGGUGAACUUGGAGCAAAUGCUAUACUUGCCGUGUCAAUUGCUGUAUGCAGAGCUGGUGCUGCUGAAAAGGAGGUUCCACUCUAUAAGCAUAUUGCAGACCUUGCUGGCAAAACAAACUUGAUACUUCCUGUCCCAGCCUUCACUGUACUUAGUGGAGGAAAACAUGCUGGCAAUAAUCUGGCCAUUCAGGAAAUCAUGAUUCUUCCAAUUGGAGCUUGCAAGUUUGAAGAGGCACUAAAAAUGGGCUCUGAAACUUUCCAUCACUUAAAGGUUGUAAUUACUGAAAAGCAUGGUGCCCAUGGAUGUAAUUUUGGUGAAGAUGGUGGAUUUGCCCCAAAUAUAUCCAGUUUUAAAGAAGCCCUGGAUCUUGUAGAAGAGGCUAUUGGCAGAGCAGGGUAUAACGAGAGAAUCAAGAUAGCAAUAGAUGUUGCUGCUACUAAUUUCUGCAUGGGUACCAAAUAUGAUCUUGACUUCAAAGCUCCAAACAAGUCGGUUCAAAAUUUCAAGUCAGGAAAGGAUAUGAUAGAUAUGUACAAAGAGCUAUGUGCUGACUAUCCGAUUGUAUCAAUUGAAGAUCCAUUUGACCGGGAGGACUGGGAUCACACCAAACAUUUUUCUAGCCUUGGAAUUUGUCAGGUAGUGGGAGGUGACUUGUUAAUGUCGAACAAAAAGCGAAUGGAGAGAGCAAUUGAUGAGUUCACUUGUAAUGCCCUCCUCCUCAAGGUAAACCAGAUUGGUACGGUGACAGAAGCCAUUGAAGUCGUGAAGGUUGCCAAGGAUGCUCAAUGGGCAGUUGUGGCAUCUCAUAGAUGUGGAGAAACAGACGAUACAUUCCUAGCCGAUUUAUCUGUUGGACUUUCCACAUGUCAGAUCAAAGCAGGCGCACCGUGUAGAGGAGAACGGCUAGCCAAAUAUAAUCAGUUGCUCCGUAUUGAAGAAGAGCUUGGAGAUCAAGGAAUUUAUGCUGGUGAAGAUUGGAGGGCAGCGUGCUGAUUUUUUGUUUGUUUUAUACCUCAAUUUUUCUGAACUCCAUACGAUUUCUUUCCCAUGCCUUGACAACACGGUACGACUCCGACCACAGUGCUGUUUCUUUUAUUUUCUCUACUUGUUUCAUCAGGCUAGAAACAUUAGAACAAUAGGGGAUACUAAAUAUUUUGUGUGUGUGUGUGUGUUUAUUGUUUUCCUAACUUUAACCAGCAAGUUUUGUGAUUUGGAGAGGAAGUUAGCUGUGAAAUACCAAGCAUUCUGGAGUAUGAGGUUUAUAUCUAUAAGUUUCUAAGCAGCUGUUUAGUCAUACUUUCAGAUAAUUGGUUCUUUAAAACAUAGUUUUUAACUUUUCUUUUUCAAUAACUAAAAUUUAUUUUUCUGCUUGAUAAACUAUCGAGCUGUUUA